AUGACCUAUGGAGCUAUGGGGGAUGCCAACGUAAAGACCGAAUCCCCUGCCAGGAACAUGACAGUUACCUUCUCGGAAAGCGACGCUGGUGAUAUCAUUGGAAAGAUCAAAGUUAAUAUCCAGAGUUUGUUCGAUGCCUCUAAAGAACGGCAACAACGCAGACAGCUAGUAAAAAAGGAAAUAAGGAAGUGCGUAACUUGUAAAAAAGUAGAAGGACCACCAUUUCGCUCAGUUACCGCUCCUCCAUUACCAUAUAUAAGAGCCACAGGGUCCCAACCCUUUCAGGUGACGGGAAUUGACUAUGCCGGACCAUUAUACGUGCGUAAUGCCCACAAAGAAGUCGGAAAAGUCUACAUCUGCCUAUUCACCUGUACAGCAAUACGAGCAGUACAUCUUGAAUUAGUAGAGGAUCAAACAGCCAGCGCAUUUUUGAGAGCCUUCAAGAGAUUUGCAAGUAGAAGAGGAAUUCCAGAAUGCAUAAUUUCGGAUAACGCGAAAACGUUUAAAGCAGGUUCACAAGAUCUAAAAGCCCUCAAAACACAAGGGAUAGAAGCAGCCGAGUCUCAAAGGUUUCUCGCCAACCAUGGCAUCAAAUGGAAAUUUAUCACAGAAAGAGUCCCCUGGUGGGGUGGCUUUUAUGAGCGACUAAUCGGACUAGUCAAAAGAAGGCUGAAGAAAAUGAUCGGAAACACGUCGCUGAAUUCUAUCGAAUUACAGACCAUACUUACAGAGAUCGAAGCUACACUUAACAGUCGGCCACUUACUUAUGCAUAUACAGACGUCAACGACGGUCCACCCCUUACCCCAUCCCAUUUCCUCUGUGGAAACAGGCUUCUGACACUGCCAGAUACAGAAGAAGACUCCGACUACAUCCCUCAAGAUUCGGCUAAACCUCUAACUAGACGAGCGAAAUACCACCAGAAAAUAAUGCAAGCUUUCUGGAAACAAUGGCAAAGGGAAUACUUAACCGGUCUCAGGGAACAACAUUCAUCGCAGAAAAACAAAAACAUAUCGGGGGAACCAGUGACUCGAGGAAAGGUUGUUCUGAUACAUGACGAAACACCGCGAAAUCAAUGGAAACUCGGAGUCAUCAUUCAACUACAUCAGGGGAAGGAUGGGUUGGUGCGCUCUGUCACCCUAAGAACAGCAAGAGGAAACCUGAUCUCAAGACCUAUUGAGAAACUUUACCCUCUUGAAGUGUUAGCCGAGGUAGAUAACCUACAAGGCUCUGAAGAGAAAUUCAAGAACCAUAAAGAAAUUAGAUCGAUAGGCCAAAAACGAACACAACGAGCUGCUGCUCAACGAGCUGCAAUGAAAAUAAAUGAACUCUCUAAACUUAAUGAACUUUAA